UAUUCGUUUCUCUCUCCCCCUUCUCUCUCUUCCCUUCUCUCUCUCAUUAUACACUCUGCCGCCGCCGCCCUAGCCUCUGUCUCCGCCGCCUGCCGCCUCUGUUGCGCAGAGAGCUUCGCUGAAUACACGAUAGUGAGGGACCGAUUUUUACCAGACCGCACACGGCACAGUAGUUACAGCCACUCACUGUCUCCGCCGCCGGCGCCUUCUUCUCCUUCUCCACACACCGCCGCUACCUGUGGCCGCCGAUCCUUUCUUCCUAACCGCACUUUGCCAGCCAGGUCGUCGGUAUUAUACUCGCCCGAUUCGCUUCCUCUCGGUUCCAGGGAAAGCCUCUUGUUCAAAUCCUUGGCAAGCCCAUGAUCCGGAUCAGUCUGAAUCCUGAAUUCAUCACUUGAGCAUAACACUUCAAAACCAGAUGUGAGUGUCCUUGCUGGGAGCUGAAUCUGCGAAGGGGUACCUGGCAGAGGUACAUAGCAGUAAAGAGAAAUCCUGUAUUUUGGUGGUUGUGUAGAUGCACUAGCAGUUGGAAUUAGAAUUGGAAUAUUGGUGGAGAUGGCAAGUAGAGGACGUGGACGAGGUCGAGGACGAGGGGGAGGGGCAAACUAUGCCACUCAAGUGCCUUUUGUACUUUUUCCUGAGGAUGUUAAUUUGCCUGAUGUUAAACUUGAUGAUAUUGAUGCUAAUAUGAAAAAGUUGCUUAACUGGAAUUAUAAGUUUCAGAAUUAUUGGAAAGCCUCUCCUUAUCUUCUGGAGGAGACAACCUUAAAGAAGGAGAGCCAAAAGAUGCACGUACCGAGAUUUUCUGAUAAGAAGAGGACCGUGUUUACUCGUGAUUCUCUGUCGCAGGUUUUAAUGUUAAACGAUUUUCCUAAGGAGUUGAUUCAAGGUACCUCUAAGCGGAUGCCAAGCCGGAAAAAAUUUCGAUGGAACCCAGAGUUAGAGAUGAAGAAAAUUGAUUUCUUUGAACAACUAGAGAAAAAGGACCAGGGCCAAGAGGAUAAAGGUGAAAAGGAAAAGAAAGAUGGAGAAAAUGAAGAUGAAGAUGAAAAUGCAGGAGAAGAAGAGGGGGAAGAAGAUUUUAGUGAUGAUGAUUAUAAUCAGAAUGAAUAUUUCGAUGAUGAUGAAGAUGAUUAUAAUGAUGCAGAUGAUGGGGAUGAUGAAGGUGUCUAUUGAGAAUGAUUUUCUGCUAAUCCUGUGACAGCUUCCAUACUUAUUGCUUCGUUACUGUUAUAAAUUUGGAAUUCAAAUUGUACCUAAGCCUUUUUCUUGCUUUUUGGCUUUUCCUUGGCUGCUAUUUUAGCUUAUUGAAUUACAUAUUGGAGUAUACCAUCUUGUAAAUGUUUAAAUAAGUAUACUUACUUGAUCAGAAAGAUAUAUGGUUGAUAGAGAAGUUCAAAAAGUUAA